AUGAUGGAAUACGCCCAAUACCAGCCGGCGCAAAACAGUCAUUCUAAUCCACACAUGCAAACGGCCUACUCCAGCUCUGCAGGUGGAAACAGCAUCACAUCCCCGUCGAGCCAGCACCUACCGCAAACAUCGCCAAUUCUUCAGACCCAGCAGCACCAGCCCUCGCCAACCCAAGGUCACAGCAUGUACCAAACUCAGUACGGCGUGCCCCAGCAGAACAUGCACUAUGGCAUGCCCCUACAGGCUGCAGCUCUGGCUGCCACCGCGGCUGCGUCAGGAACCAACUACCCGAACCCAUACAUGGCAGCGGAUCCCAACUUGCAGCAGUCGCCUAGAAUGUCUGGUGUAAACUCUAAGAAGGACGCCAGAGCAGGACCCCGAUCUCCGCAGCAAAUGAACAGCAUACCUCCAGGACAGCGCCGUCUCAGCCAGGUUGCCAGCCCCGGCGUGCCUAACGCGCAAGCCAUGCUCAACCACGCCUCUAGGUCUGCGGUUCCGCCACCGAUGACGGCCGCUCAGCAAAUGCCCCCACCUCAGUCCCCAGAGAUGGCUUCCGGAGCCGUUGAGGAGUCGCCUUUGUAUGUCAACGCCAAGCAAUUUCACCGGAUCUUGAAGCGCCGAGUAGCUAGGCAGAAGCUGGAGGAGCAACUGCGGUUGACGAAUAAGGGACGCAAGCCGUAUCUCCACGAGUCGAGACACAACCAUGCCAUGCGACGCCCUCGUGGUCCUGGCGGCCGUUUCCUGACAGCCGAUGAGGUUGCGCAGAUGGAGCGGGACAAGACCAACGGGGACGUAAAGCAAGAUGGCUCCGAGCAGUCCUCGGUAACAGCGGGAUCGAAAUCAACCGGAGGAACCAAGAGGAAAGCCGAAAGUAAUUCGGGCGGCCCGAACAAGAAGGCGAAGGCCGCCCCCGAAAGUCCAGAGGACGACGCUUCGGACUGA